AUGUAUUUCAAUGGAGUCUAUCAUUUGUUCUACCAGUACAAUCCUAAAGGUGCUGUAUGGGGUAAUAUUGUUUGGGCUCAUUCUGUGUCAAAGGAUUUGAUCAACUGGGAAAAAUUAGAGCCUGCAAUUUUCCCAUCAAAAUCAUUUGAUAAAUAUGGAUGUUGGUCUGGAUCGGCCACAAUCCUCCCUGGAAACAAGCCUGUGAUCCUCUACAGUGGAAUAAUUGACGAAAAUAACACACAGGUUCAAAACUAUGCAGUGCCUGAGAAUAUUUCUGAUCCAUAUCUCGUGAAGUGGAACAAACCAGAUAACAAUCCAUUGAUCGUAGCUGAUAAACACGUCAACAAAACUGCAUUCCGAGACCCUACGACAGCAUGGUUGGGCAAAGAUGGUGAAUGGAGAAUCACUGUUGGCAGUAGGAAGAAGAAUAAAGGGAUUUCAUUAUUGUUCAAGAGUAAAGAUUUCAUGAAAUGGACCAAGGUGAAAAAGCCAUUGCACUCUCAUAGAGGAACUGGAAAUUGGGAAUGCCCAGAUUUUUUCCCAGUCUCGAAGCAAGGUACGAAGGAAUUAGACACUUCUGUUAUAGAAGGAGAUAUUAAGCAUGUAAUGAAGAUUAGCCUCGAUGCUACUCGAUAUGAUUAUUACACUUUAGGUACGUAUGACACAGAAAAAGACAGGUACAUUCCUGAUAAAGACAUGGUUGAUGGAUGGAAGGGCUUGAGGUAUGAUUAUGGCAAUUUUUACGCCUCCAAAUCGUUCUUCGAUCCUGCUAAGAAUCGAAGAAUCUUGUGGGGUUGGGCAAAUGAAUCGGAUCCAGUUGACGAUGACGUGAGAAAGGGAUGGGCCGGAAUCCAGCUUAUUCCUCGUACUAUUGUGCUUGAUCCCAAUGGCAAGCAAUUGUUACAAUGGCCUGUUGAAGAAUUGGAAACUCUUAGAGGGAAGAAAGUAGAAUUGAGCAAUAAGAAGCUCGAGAAGGAUGAUCGCGUCGAAAUUGAAGGAAUAUCAGCUGCUCAGGCUGAUGUUGAGGUGACAUUUACUUUUGAAAGCUUGGACAAGGCUGAGCCAUUUGAUCCUAACUGGGAUAGAUAUGAUGCCGAGAAGCUUUGCGGCCAGAAGGGAUCGACCGUUCAAGGAGGGCUCGGACCAUUUGGGCUAUUAACGCUGGCUUCAGAAAAUCUGGAAGAAUACACUCCAGUCUUUUUCAGGAUUUUUAAGGAUCAAGAGAACAAACAUAUAGUUCCUAUGUGUUCUGAUGCAUCAAAGUCCUCGUUAGAGAACAAGGAAGACCGUCUUUUGCAGGCUUUGUUGACGUCGACCUAA